AUGUCGCUGCGCCUGGUGUCGUCAGCCCGGCUGGAUGCCAGCAUCUCGGCGCAUGCGGUGUCGGGCGACGGCAAGCUCCUGGCCGUGGCGCGGGAAAAUGAGAUCUCCAUCCUCGACCGUGCCAGCCCCUCCCAGAACUGGACGCCUGUCGCCCGGGUGGGGCCAUGCCAGCACUCCCAGCGCGUCUCCGGCCUGGCCUGGUCCGGGUCGCAGCUGGCCUCCUGCUCCCACGACUCCGGGGCGGUGGUCUGGACCCGCACCCCGCAGGGCGCCUGGUCCCCGAACCUGGUGGUCACCCGCCUGGCGCGAGCCGCGCUCUGCGUGCGCUGGGCGCCCGGCGGCGCGGCCUUGGCACUGGGAGCGGUGGACGGGGCCGUGGUCGUCUGCCACAGGGACGAGGAGAGGUCGCUCUGGGCCCCCCGCAUGCUCCAGCGAGGGGACCCGCAGAGCGCGGCAGCGGUCCAGGACCUGGCCUGGCACCCGGCGGGGAGCUGCCUGGCCAGCGUCGCGGCCGACGGCAGCCUGCGCAUCCAUGCCACGCCAUGCAGAGGCGCGGGCGCACCCACCCCUCCAAGCACCACCUUGGGCGCGUUUGGCACGCUGCUCUACACAGCUACCCCCUCCCCCGGCGCCUGGGCCAUGAGCGUGGCCUGGGACCCGAGCGGAAGCUGCAUGGCGGUGGCUUCCUCCUGUGGUGGCGGCGCCCCGCCGCGCCUGACCCUCAUCGCAGGGCUGCUGACGGGAGGUGGGGCGUGCACUGCCGAGGCGCUGAGGGAGGCGGGCACACGCGCCCAGACCCUGGACCUCCGGGGCCCCUGCCUGGGUCUGACCAGCCUGCUCUUCCUGACCGAGGAUGUGCUGGUGGGAGCAGGGUUCCACGGCAGGCCCCUGGUCUUCAGGCGUGGCGCGGAUGGCCCUUGGGCCCAGGACUGUGACCCGGGCCCGCAGGAGGACGCCGGGGGCGCACAGCAGCCGGCAGGCUCCCCUACGCCGGCCAGGCCUGCCACCCUGGCGCAGCGCAUCCGCAUGUUCGAGGUGGAUGAGAAUCGCAGCCUGAACGUGCAGGGGCGCAGGGUCGGCGCGGGCGGUGGCAAGGCGGCGGGCGUGGGGCCCGGGCGGCCCUCCGGCCCCGCCCGAGGGCCCGAACAUGCUAGCCACAUCGGUAGCCUUGCGGGCCUGGCGCAAGGGGCGUUCACCUCCGCCGGCGCCGACGGCCAGCUGCUGCUGUGGCAGGUGACGGGCGUGCGGUGA